GACGCGCCCAUGGCCUCCAACCUGGAGCUGCCCUUCGAGGAGGACGCCCAGCUGACGGAGGUGAUGCGCCAGCGGGUGCAGUCCCUGCAGCGCAGCGGCCUGAAGCGACAGGAUGGCGAGCGUCUGCUGAAGCCCAACGAGACCGUGUACCGCCUGGACUUCUCCCAGCAGAGCCUGACCUUCAGCGGCUGGAACAUCCGCCUCUCCGGCCACGGGAAGCUCACCAUCACCGGCACCUCGCAGCACUGGACCCCCGACCUCACCCACCUGAUGACCCGCCAGCUGCUGGAGCCCCCCGGCCUCUUCUGGAGGAGCCCGGAGGACGACCAGGACAGCCCCGUCAAGUGCUUCGAGGCCGACUCCCAGGAGUUCGGCGAAAGGAUAGCCGAGCUCGCAAAGAUCAGAAAGGUGAUGUUCUUCCUGCUCGCCUUUGACGAAGGGCUCACCAAGGACAAGAUCAACUGCUCCAUAGCCUUCAAAGUGGUCCAGAAGAACUAAACCCCUCACUCUGCUGAAGCACUUGCAAGAAUCCCCCAACAAGGUUAGACUGGUCUGCACUCCGCUCCUGUGAUUGAAAGUUUGUUUCGUUGCUUUCCAAAUCCUCUCUACCUGGACUCUGUGUCUGAGCACAUGUCUACAGCAGACAGUAGAAGUCUUCUAACUAAAUGCACCAACUUAAAGCUACAUGCUUCUGCUUGUACAGUGGUUACGGUACAAAUUGUGCACAA